CACUCCGGAGAUGUCUUGACUUAAAGUCCACACAGCUCUCGGUAGUGUAUAUCGGGGAGAUCUGGGUUGCAUCUUCUGAAGAAAGACGCAUUUUUGUUACUCUUCUAAACCUUAAGGGGAGUUUUUAGCUUUUGGUCAGCGAGUGGUUCCUGGAAAACAUCUGAAUCGUUUUAUAACCAAACACAGCUGCCGUGCCAGUGUAUGUGUGUGUGCGUGACAGUGUGUAUGCGUGUGUUCAUCCGUAUGUGGAAGAGGGAGAGAGAGUGAGGGUAUCUGUUUGCUUCCCUUUCCAAAACGGAAAGAAAGAAAAAAGUUUGGAAGUCUUUUUCUCCCAGUAACUUUUUUAGGCAUGAACGCCGAGACGUGCGUCUCAUACUGCGAUAUGACAUCCAUGGAUUCAUAUUAUAGCCCCUCUGCACCGCAAGGUAGGGAUCAUCAGACGAACCCGUUUAGGACAUUCCAAGUAAGUGACAACAAAUACAGCCCCACUUUCCUGCCAAACAAAGGUCAGGCUUACGGAGAAAAGUCUCGGAGCCCAUUCCAACAGGAGUGUCAGUCAUUGGAUGUCACCACUGGGGAAGGCACCUUUAACAAAUACCACCUCUUCAUGCAGAGGUCUUCUUGCAAAACCCCCCCCGAAGGAGGCAAACUGCACCAAGAAAGCGGACACAACGGAGCGCUCAUUCCCUGCUAUGGUAAAGACAGCUCAGGACUGACAGACUCUGACCUGACCCCGAACUCUGACCCCUCUGGGAUGGACGGCAGCUACCUGAGUGUGAAGGAUCAAGGCGUGAAGGGCCCCUCGGACCGACCAGGCUCGGACAUGGCCGGCCCCAUGGACAAGGGCGAGGGUGAGAGCAACAAGGGCAAGAAGAGGCGUAACCGCACCACCUUCACCAGCUACCAACUGGAGGAGCUGGAGAAGGUCUUCCAGAAGACCCACUACCCAGAUGUGUACGCCCGUGAGCAGCUGGCCCUCCGGACUGACCUGACUGAGGCCCGGGUACAGGUGUGGUUCCAGAAUCGCCGAGCCAAAUGGAGGAAGAGGGAGCGCUUUGGUCAGAUGCAGCAGGUCAGGACACACUUCUCCACGGCGUACGAGCUGCCUCUUCUAGCCAGACCUGAGAACUAUGCACAGAUACAGAACCCAUCAUGGAUUGGUGGCGGCAGUGGAGCGUCUCCUGUACCAGGCUGUGUAGUGCCCUGUGACUCAGUCACAUCCUGUAUGACCCCUCACCCUCACUCCGGCAGCGGCGUAUCUGACUUCCUGGGCGUCCCGAACCCUGGGGGUCACAUGGGACAGACACACAUGGGCAGCCUGUUUGGGGGUCCUGGCAUGGGGUCAGGGAUCAACGGGUACGAUCUGAACAGCAUGGACCCAGACCGCAAGUCCUCCAGCAUCGCCGCCUUGCGUAUGAAGGCCAAGGAGCACAGUGCAGCCAUCUCCUGGGCAACAUGAUGCCUCAACAGCAGCAGGACAGGGGCCUCUGGGAACCCCAUCACGUCCAAUCCAAGCCAAAGCAGAGGGGGGCCCGUCUGUUCUACUAUAACAGAAAUAUUGAUAAUCUAAAAUAAUAAUGAUGAUAAAAGCCAUAAAAGCCAUAAAAGCCAUAAAAGCCAUAAAAGCCAUAGCAAAUUGCUGAAGAGGAGAGAAAAGAGACUAACAAAUCUGGACAGUGAACUUAUUUACUUUGUGUCUCUGAUGGGAGAGACCAGUGGACAUCAGAGAUGAACAACAGUCAGUCAGUCAGGUAGUCAAAGCUCGAGGUAAGAAGCAGGAAAUCAAGAAUCAGACCUAUCCUUAAAGAGACAAAUUAAUUGGUUGCUUGUUGGAAACAAUGUGCUGGUUAUACAGUAGCUAUAAACUAUAACACAACAAAAAAAACUAAAAAAAGCUGAAUAGAUUUGAACCAAUCCCUGCACUUAUUCAGUUAAUACAGGUAAUGCUGUUUGUACAGAUAUUGAGAUGCGUCUGCUAACACACCUGCUAGUGAGAGUCAACAUAGCUUUUUCUGUUCAGGUGUUAUUAUACUUUCUUGUUUUCCGGUAUUUAAGUGUGUAUUUUUAAUUCAUUUUGAUCCUGGUUUUGUCACAGAAUCCCUUGUCCCUUUCUGUCAGACUGUGUGCGAAUGCAACUAACCACAUAAACUGCAAACUGAUAUUCACAUAUUUACAUACAUUUGGCCUGAUUUGGGUCUGUGUGUACAUUUGGGUUUCCUUAGGUCAUUUUGGUCAGCUUCACUUCAAGGAGAGGGGUGUAGGUAACGGUCAAGCCCAAAGCCGAUCCAUCUCUAUCAGACUAACUGAAAGAAUGCUGAUAAAAUCAGUCAUAUUCUUCAGUUUGGGAAAGAUGUAAACCAUUUAAAAAGUAGCUUACUCUUUCUGGUAUGCAUGGUCAGCACUAGCAUACUUUAGGUUGGUGCUACCUUCCAACAUUUAAAUGUCAGAUAUCAAUCCAGGUUUGUUUAAGUGCGGGCAGACAGAGAGCCCUACUUGCACCGCUGAUGGACCGUCACUGAGCCAGAGAUGGACGGGGAUGAGGAAGUGGUGUGUGUGAGUAUGAGAGAGAGGCACAGCAGGCCUGCUGGGGCCUACAGGUCUGAGAGCACCAGACAGGCUCAGCUCUGUUUGCAGCAGGAGAUUCAAAGUGGACAUGCCAUUUCCUCCCUUGGCAUUUCCUCACAUUUCCACCUAGGGAGUUACAGGAAAAGUGGCCUCCAGUCCCAUUGCCAGAGAUAACACCCAGCGGCAGCCUUGAACAGCAGAGAGGCAGUGUAGAUUAUACAGAUUAUGCAGUUUUUGUAGAUUAUACAGUUAUUGAGGGGGAUAAUAAAAUGCUGACUAACGCCAUCAA